AUGGCAAUGCCAGUAGCAAUAGUUCUUCUUGCGCUGCUGUGCACCUUAUCUCCUCGAGCGGCCGACGGCCAGUGGACGUCGGGCACGGCGACAUUCUACGGCGGCAGUGAUGGCUCCGGCACCAUGGGAGGCGCGUGCGGGUACGGCAACCUGUACAACGCCGGGUACGGGCUGCACAACGCCGCGCUGAGCUCGGCGCUGUUCAACGACGGCGCCAUGUGCGGCGCGUGCUACACCAUCACCUGCGACAAGGACAAUAGCAAGUGGUGCAAGACCGGCACCUCCAUCACCAUCACGGCCACCAACCUCUGCCCUGCCGACUACGCGAAGCCCAGCGACGACGGCGGGUGGUGCAACCCGCCGCGGCAGCACUUCGACAUGUCCCAGCCCGCCUGGACCUCCAUCGCCGUCUACCAAGCCGGGAUCGUCCCCGUCAAAUUCCUAAGGGUGGCGUGCCAGAAGACCGGCGGCAUCAGGUUCACCAUAAGUGGGAGGGACUACUUCGAGCUGGUGACGGUGACGAACGUCGGCGGCAGCGGCGUGGUGGUGCAGAUGUGGAUCAAGGGCUCCAACACGGACUGGAUGGCGAUGAGCAGGAACUGGGGCGCCAACUGGCAGAGCAACGCCUACCUCAACGGGCAGAGCCUCUCCUUCAAGGUGCAGAUCGACGACGGCCGUGUGGUCACCAUAUACAACAUUGCUCCCUCCAACUGGAACUUCGGCUCGACCUACACGUCCAACAUCAACUUCUAG